UUGGACUAGAAGCUACACUUUACCUAAUAGGUGCAAGUAGCGUAAAAUCCAUCGUCGUCCGCAUUUGAUCCUUUUAGAACUCGACGAUAUACAACAAUAGCAGCAACAACAGUAGAAUCACCGCUAGUCAGGAACAUAAGGCAAACUCGAUCCCUCAACAAUGACAGCGAUCGAUCAAACCGAUAAGAGUAAGGUCCAGAUCUUCAGGAAGGCUGCCAUCAUCUCCAUAAACCUUGUAAUCGCCAUAAUAGUACUGCUGGUGAUAUGGUUAGCAGAGUUUGGUUUUGUUCCAAAUCGUCAGGGGGGCUUUUUCUGCAACGAUCCAAACAUCUCGCACAAAUUCAGAGGAGAAACGAUAUCGUCUUUCAUCGCCAUGUCCGUCGCGGUCUUGUUACCCGCGCUGAUGAUGUUGUUGACGGAAUACUUGUGCCACAGCCCUGACAGCCACAAAUUAAACUCGAGGAAGAACCAGUUAUGGCUGUGGUACGGUUACUUCGCGGUCGGAUGUAUUUACAUGUACCUGGUGGUUCAAGUGUUGAAGCUGGUAGUCAGUGAGCCCAGGCCUCAUUUCAUAGACAGCUGUAGACCCACAAACAUAGAAAGCUGCACUACGUCUGAGUUCAUAUCAUCGUACACGUGUACCAACACAGAAAUCUCUCCCUAUCUUGUUAAAGAUUCGGACCGGUCGUUUCCAUCAGGACAUUCUGCGACUUCCAUGUUUAUGACUACGUAUUUGGUGUGGUACCUGCAGAGGCGGAUGCCGGAGACCUCGGCGCUGGUGCUGUUGAAGCCGGGCUUGCAGUGCCUGGCCGUGAUGUGGGGCCUGGUUUGCUCGAUGUCGCGCAUAACCGAUCACCGGCACCACUGGUGGGACGUCCUCAUUGGGGCUAUCAUCGGCAUCGUCUUCGCUUGCUUCGUCGUGCGGGUGUUGUGCCGAAGCUUCCGGCUGAGCCCAUCCCCUUUGAGCUGCUGUCGAUUGCCGACGAACCCCGACUCGGUGAAUGUAGACUUGGACCAGUCUAAAAUUGUUAUAAAAAUGAGUAGUAACAAUAACAUGGACAACCAAUCGGACAAUAACAACAUCAAUGUACAGGACAAUAAUUACAGCGAUGAUAACAAUAACGAAACAAGUGCCAAUGAACCAGUACUUCUCCGAUUUUGUGCAGAUUGCGGUCGUUUGACGGACAACGGGGAACCUAGUUGGGCAAAAGUUUUGUGCGACACGUGCAUACUAAACAGAUUAAUCGCCUUAUACGGAACUUUCUAA